ACCCCCUUAUCAGCAGCAGGGUUUAUCUGGAUAGACCACAGAGAGUAGACAGAAGAGAAUGGCUUUGAGAAUAGGCACAGCUCCUUCAACUUGUCACUCAUCCUUCCCUUUCUUUUCUUCUUCUUCUUCUUCUUCUUCUUCCUCUUCUUCUUCAUCUCCAUACAGUAGCUCAACUGGUUUUGGGUACAUAUGUUCCUAUCCAUACCCUUCUUCUUCUUCUUCUUCGUUAACCAAAAAACCACAAAGCUUGCCACUCUCACUCUCCUCCUCUUUCACAAACCAUAUUUGCAAAGCAGCCGAGUAUAAAUUUCCAGACCCAAUUCCUGAAUUCGCUGAUUCAGAGACAAAAAAAUUUAAGACCCAUCUCCACAAGAAGUUUGUGAAGAAUGAAAUAUAUGGAGACUCAGCUGAAGAAGUUGUUGAAAUCUGCACUGAGAUAUUCAAAAACUUUUUACACACUCAUUAUGGUGGUCCUGGAACACUAUUGGUCCUUCCAUUUAUUGACAUGGCUGAUACUAUAAAUGAGCGGGGAUUGCCGGGAGGAUCACAGGCUGCACGUACUGCAGUCAAAUGGGCACAAAAACAUGUUGACAAGGACUGGAAUGAAUGGACUGGUGGUGAUAGUGAUUAAGCUGAAUGCCUCUUGCUGGCAUGAGUAUUAUCUCCCUAGUAUUGUCAAUGUGUGUUGUAAGAGCUAUUCAUUAAUUUUGAAUUUUUGAUAUGUACGGCGUUUCCUUACGGCAAAUGAAAUUCGAGUAGGUUUUGGGGUGUUACUAGUUGUAGGGAAAGCAUAAGCUUGAAAGUGUAUCAUUAAGUGUAAAACUAAUAGCAUUUUAGAUCAACAGAAGCUAUUCAAUUUCAGUGAACC